AUCACGAGGCGACGAGGAAGUGCUGCUCAGCGCGUCCUUCACUUUACUCAGUAACACCUGAACACGUUAAAUAAGUCCCGUGUUUGUCAUUUAGGAGCUAUAUUAUUCUGUUUUUCGGGCUUUUAUGGAGUGACAGAAGCAAACAGCAGCGGUGGUUGGAACAAAGAGAUAAUCUUGGAGGUUUUAGCGUUUAUUUCGGGUCAAGCAGUGAUGGCAGCUCCAAACUCAGCAGAAAGAAAGGCCUGCUGGGACGCCAGGGACAAGCUGUGGAAAUGUCUGGAUGACAACAAUGAUCAAGCUGCUCCUUGCCAGAUGUUCCAGGGCGAGUUUGAGGCAAAUUGCCCUGCUCAGUGGGUGAAAUAUUUCACCAAGAGGAGAGACUUCUUGAAAUACAAAGCGAAGAUGGAGACAGAAGGCUUCACACCUGCCGAAGGCCCCAAGCAACCUUCCUAACCACUGGACUGCAGCCUGUCCGAAUCUGCAGACUGACUUUCAGCCUUAUUCAGACCAGGGCAAGAGGAGCGGGACUUGGAGAGGAGUUUCCUAACUUUAUUGUGGACCUGAACUUCACCUUUAUUUAUUUCUACAGAGAUAAAAGAAGAAAUCAUCCAUGUUAGCAGCUCUUUUUGAAAGUGACUUGAGCUUCCCUCUAUUGCCUCUAUUGGUCCAGCUGGUCUGAUAUGUUGGAUAACAAAGGAAAUCAAAAUGACAAAACAGUCAGUUAGAUUUCACCUGGAUAUUACACGUAAUGUCACUGUGGACGGACUGUACUAUUGUUCCUUGUGACGUUCUAAAUGAUGUUGUAAUACUCAUGAUCAGUUCAACCCAUAUACGAAUCCAUACAUACUGCGUCUAUAUCAACACUCAUCCUACCACUGUACAAGAUGAAUUGUCUGCGAUUGGGUUUUUAUCACCUCCUCAUCAUAUCUGUUAGCAGCCAUUGUAUUCUGUGUGCCGAACACAGCAGUGUUCUUCCUUUGCUUGGUGUUUGGGUCAAAGUCAAGGGUUCCGAUCAAUUAAAUUAUACUAGUGUGAUUAGAUAAAUGCUGCUCUACUGAUUGCUAAUUCCAGGACAGUGCCUCAUUAGUCAAAAACUCAAAGUGUGGCUGAUUUGUGAUGGUGUGUGUAGAUAAAUAAAAUAAUAAAUACA